GUGCUGCUUGGUGUGGUGUCCCUAGUGCUGGGCUCACUGGUGUUCCUCCUGCUUACUGCCUACUGCCUCAGGACCAAUAGGUUGGCGGCUACCAAUACACAGGCUCAAUUUCAUCACACGAGAGUUGGUGGGAGUCAGGAGGUCACCUCCAGGGCUCAAAAACCUGGGAAAGUACACCCUCCACUAUAGAUAUAGGUGGUAAUCUGUCAUCGUGUCUCAUCUUGGCUACCUCCAGUUCUCCAGUUAUGCACACAGUACCUGCCAGGCACAGAAAUACAUUCAGAAUGUGUUUGGAGCGUCGUGUGAAAGUUUUGUCCACAAAUACUUUUGGUUCCAAGUCCUCAGAAUUGAACAGGGUUGGUUUGGAAAUGACAGCAAUUCCUGGGAGUAACAGGUUUUCUGGUGAAGGGGCAAAUCCCAUGUACAAC